AUGACCAGCGUCGCCACGAAACUCGCAAAGCACCACCCGAAUAUCGACCCCUACUACUGGACGAAACGUCCACAGGAGCUCAAAGACGUCAAACACCCCUACACACUGACUCAGGCCGAACGCGACGGUGGCACCAUCGACCCUUACAAGAUCGUCCCCGGUGAUGGCAAACCCACUGGUCACCAGAUAGAACGCGCACAACAAAUGUCAAAGCUUCAGCCAGGAACGAUAUCGAUACUUCCUGAUGGGAGUUUUGCGCACAGGGGGAUCCCGAUUGAUUGGAAGGAGUGGCAUGGGGCUGAGCAAUAUGAUUGGCGAAAGGAGUUCCCCGAGGGGUUGCCGGAGUACAUUGGGCCCAUGCACAUCAAGGAUGUUCCUCCUGGGUACAGGAGUCCCACCAUGAUCAAAGAGCUUCUUCGAUCGCAACUUCCUCACCGUGGUCCAAACCUCUUUGACGAACCAGGAGGGUACGGCCCAAGUAAAUCUCUACCUUACCCGCCGCCCGGCGCAAACCCUGACCUCUUCGGUAAACCUUACGGUGUUCCACCCGAUCUCUUUGGCAAGCCAUACGGAGUUGAACCUGAUCUUUUUGGAAAGCCACCGCAUGAGCCCAUCACACUUUUCGGAAAGCCAACCACUGUACAACCUGAUUUAUUCGGACAACCAAGCACUCUCCAGCCCAGGCUAUCGUUCGAGGACCCUCUCAUCUGA